AGGGUACACAUGAUCAGAACAUAACAGAAGCAAGGUGCCCCUAUGAAUUCCCCAACACAUUAUGCAACUCCAGUAUAAAGCCACGCUAUGCUCAGCAGCCUGGAGUCACAUUCGGCACGAGGAACACUUGAUACUUUGACAGUCUGCUGAAGAGGAAGAUUUCAAAUGGAUUUCAUCCUACCACCCACUUUCCCAAUUGGUGGCAUCCAAUGGGAGAAGCUUUUACCUCCUCUUUUUCCUCGUCUGAAUGGAACUUAUGGACAAUAUAACUGGACGCCGAAACUGCUAAUUCCGGAUAUUGAUAGUAGCAGCGCUGCUGAGGCAACUUGCAACGACAGUGGAUUUACAGUGCAAGUGGAUGUCAAACAUUUUAACCCAGAAGAUCUGCUGGUCAAAGUAAUAGGAGAUUUUGUAGAGGUACAAGGAAAACAUGAAGAAAAAAAGGACGGUCCCGGGUUGACAACACGACAGUUUAACCGUCGCUAUCGAAUUCCAAAGGGAGUGGACACCAUGGCUUUGGAAUCAGCAGUUUCUCCAGAUGGUGUCCUGAUCAUAUCUGCUCCCUUGCUCGACACUGAGAAUUCCACAUCUCUGACCUAAUCCUAUUACUACUAAGCCAGUCAUCCUCAUAAAACACACUGGUUGUUAUGUUCUAACGUCCCCCUGUCUGUGAGGUUUGUAAAUACUGCUCUACAAUUACGCAUAAUCCAUAAUGUUUCGUAAAUAACACAUUCAUGUAAAUACUGAAUCCACAAUUAAAAGUGCUAUUUCAAUUUGUGCAAGCUUUUCAAAACGUGGUUGUGAAUAAUACGCCUAUAUGUCGAAAUGUUUUAUUGUGAUUGUAUUUCUGUAAUAAAGUACAAAAUGCUUCCUUCCAAAAAUAAAAAAAGAUUCACAUUGGAGAAACGUCUUGCUUAUCCAGGAAUUUGUGCAACAUCGAGUCCACUUCACUGUAAGAGAUAAAUACAACAUUAUUGCUCAUAAACUCAGGUUGUUUUAUGGAUAAGCUACAAAUAUGACCAAACAGAAAUAUUCCA